GUGUAGCAAGGUCGGACGACAUCGACGAUCGACGCCACGACUUGUUGGAUCCGGGUUGGGGGGCGAUGACGGGGGGCGCAAGGAGCAGCGGUGCGGGGGGGUCUGGGGGUGCUCAAUUCAACCCACUGUCCGAGAAGGAGAUGGCGAAGUUGAGGCGAGGGAACAUUGUUUGGAACUUCGUCACCGAGGGGCAGUACGUCGGAAACCAGUCGAAGAUGCAUGGGGACCGAAAGUUGCGUUGCAACUUAUGCGGCUACCUGUUUCAAGGGGGGUCGUCGAAGGCCGCGCGCCGUUUCACGCAGGCGAAGUUCUGCAAGGCUGGGGGGAUGAGAGUUCUCGCGGAACUCUGGAACGGCACGGACUACACAUUCGUGUCGUCCACUGCUCAGCGGGUGCAGAGGUGGAUGGCAGAUGAGGGCAUACGGAACACGAGAGCGCUCGCAGGUGGCCAGCGACAGCGGAUGGAUGACGCAGAGAGGGACGACAUUCAGGAUGCCCUCAAUGAGGAGGAGGGCCGCGAGGGUGGGGUCAGGGAGGAGGGGGUGGCAGACGAGGCAGACGAGGGAGUCAGAGAGCCUGACCUGCCAGGGGAGGAGGUGGUGAUGACGUCGAGAGGCGUCGGCCUAGUGGGUCCCGCUCCUAGGGCGCCACGACCUGAGUUGGAUCGCGCGAGGAGGGAGAAGAGGGCAGUGGGGGAGGCUGGCGUCGAGGUGCGAGAUACGGGCAGGGAGAAGAGGGCUCGACAAACCACGAUUGACGAGAUGUACGCCAAGGAGAAGUUGGCAGAGUUCACAGACGCAUGGCUGCAGUGGAUCUACGUGACGGGGUUGCCAUUCAACACCUUCCGUGGUCCGGAGUUCCAGAAGGUGCGGCAGACGGCGGAGAGAGUGCCACUCAGUAUCCAGUUCCGAUUUCCCAUCUUCAGGGUCACAGCGGGCGCCGGUAUCCCUUCGCAGAGGGCGAAGGUGGCAACGAUGGUGAGCGAGGUGCGUGCCGCUUUCCUGGACAGCAAUGCCACCAUGCUCUCCGACGGGAGGAAGUCGCGCAGCGGCAAGCCGCUCGUGAACUUCCUCGCCGGGGGCGCCAAUGGCGCCCUGCUAUACGCCGCACGCGACGGGUCGGUCCAAGACACCGCGGACAUCGUGUACCGUAGGUGGUGGGCCAUCAUCUUGUCCUUUCCUGCAAAGGACGUGAUCGGCUUUUGCACUGACUCCGCCAGCCGACGAGACGCGUUGGAGAGCAUGUUGCACGGGGAUGCUUGGGCACGCAUCCCGUGGGAGUACAGGCAUGUAUCUCAGGCGCAGUGGGUGCAGCAGCAGAUCUGGGACGGGGAGUUUUGGCGGUGUGUCAAGUACGCCAUCCUUGUCAUGUCGCCCGUCCACCAGCUGUUGCGCAGGAUGGAUAGGGGGGGGAUGAUGACGUCCGUCGUUUACGAGUGGAGUCAGCAUGUGCUGCAGUUGAUAAGGAGGGUGGACAUGCCGGAGGACAUGAUCGAGCCGUGCGUGUGUGAGGUUGUCAUCCGCAACCUCCACAUGCUAGAGCCCGCACAUGCCGCGGCCCACCUCCUCAACGCUCGUCGACGGUCCCUCACGUAUUACCAUUCGUUGGAGACGACCGCCGACGACCGCCGUGUCGUCGAGGAGUGCGACAAAUUUCUCCUGGUGCAGACCGGCGGCGAUCCGGUCGGCAGAUUGUACAGGACCGUGAGGGACCAGACGAGGGCGUUCCACUCGAGGCGAGGGGAUUGUGACCUCUCCGAUGUCGAGGCGGAGGAUUGCAGGGGGGACAGCGAGACCGAGCGAUGUGCAGCGUGGUGGUUUGAGCAUGGACGUGCCCACCCGGAGUUGCGCACCAUCGUCAUCCGUGUCAUGCACUUGUGGACGUCUGCCUCUUCAGCGGAGAGGAACUGGGCGCAGCACGAGCGCAUCAACACGGUGAGGCACUGCAAGCUUGGGUUUGCCAAGCUUGCACAGCUAGUUGAGAUUGCCACCAAUCUCAAACUGGCCUCGUGCGCACGGCAGGGUGGUGGCUACGUGUUGCCAUGGGUUAUGGGGACCGGUCGGGGGGGGACGGCGUCAGAGGACGAGGAUGAGGACGGAGAUGUGGAGCCCGAGGUGUGGGGAGCGCGACCGCCCGGCAGUGUUCCAGAGGUGGAGAUCGAGCGGCAGAUUAUCGCUUUCCAGCAUAGCCGACCGUCCAGAGCCCAUUCGGUUCGGGACGUGUUCGGCAGCAGGGCGACGGAGCUGCGACCGUGGCCAGAGGGUGGGGAUGAUGUGGACGCUGCUGCAGCAGACGACGACAUCGACGACGAGUGGACAGACGAUGAUGACACGCCGGUGAGUAGCGGCCCGAUGACUGAGCGGGUGUACUUCACUUACGGUGGGGGUCGUGACGACAUUGAUUCGUUCACAUCGGUCCUUUGUGCCACCAAGAAGACAAAAAAAAGGACGCUUGAAAAAGUGGGAGAAAGGCGGGAUCCGGAAGGAAGCAUAAGUUGAGAAAGAGGUCAGUUUGACUCAACCGUUUCCCCGACUGCAUGGCUAUGAGAAGAGCAUGGGCUGAUUGAGCAUCAAGAGGGAACAAAGAGCAGCCAAAGGA